GAGAAAAUCGUAGACAAGAUGACAAUUACAACCUUGGGUCGUAUCCAAGUUAAUUUUGUUUAAGACAUCUAAGUGGAGAGUAACGGGGAAGUAAUAAGAAAAAAAUUAUUACUACGUCAGUGAUUUUAAUAGAUUCGGCGCGAGACAAAAGAUUGCCGCCAUUUACUAAAAUGAACUUUCGUAGUUGACGGUGCGUCGUAGUCGCCCAUAAUAGUGUAGAAUCUUGUACGAUACCCGUUUUUGAAACAUUGGCAUUGGUCAAAUCACACAUUUUUGAACUGAAAUCUAUCAACAAUGUCUACCCCAGCUAGAAGGAGAUUGAUGAGAGACUUCAAAAGAUUACAGGAAGAUCCUCCAACUGGCGUUAGUGGAGCGCCUACCGACAAUGAUAUUAUGAUGUGGAAUGCCGUUAUAUUUGGGCCACAUGAUACACCGUUCGAAGAUGGUACAUUCAAGUUAACUAUCAGGUUCACCGAAGAAUAUCCAAAUAAAGCACCAGCAGUACGAUUCGUAUCAAAAAUGUUUCAUCCAAACGUGUAUGCUGAUGGUGGAAUAUGCCUAGAUAUAUUACAAAAUAGAUGGAGUCCUACAUAUGACGUAUCUGCCAUAUUAACUUCAAUUCAAUCUUUACUUAGUGAUCCAAAUCCAAAUUCACCAGCUAAUUCAAUGGCCGCUCAGUUAUACAAGGAAAAUCGACGUGAAUAUGAAAAAAGAGUGAAAGCUUGUGUAGAACAGAGUUUUAUUGAUUAAUUUUUUAAAGUUGCAUAUAUUUUUUCAUCCUUAGUAUUUAUCAAAUAUAAAGAAA